UCACAUUUUUCUGCCCUUUUUUUUUUAUUUGGCUCAACAUUUACCCCAUUCCUGUUGUCAACAUAAUUUGUGUGCUGUGUGAAAGUUCAACAUUCAAUACUCGCCAGGCUUCCCUUGCCUACUGUUCUAUGUGACAUUUAUAGGUCCCGAAUGGUUGGCCAGUGUAAAACGUUCCUAUACAACAUCCUAAAGAUUGCAAAUCCUAUUAACGCAAAAACUAAACAAAUGUGUAAAGGUAAGCGUUCUGUAGUAUGGGUUGAUGGGCUUUUUUUUCUAAAUUAGCAUAAAUUUUUGUCUCCUAAUUUUCAGAUCAGAAUGCUUUGGGUUGGGCGUUCUGCUGGUGGUGAGAUGCUGUCUUUCUGUACCCUGAUUUCCACAGACGCACGUAACUAGACAAGAGGAGCGCGUGUCUUGUUAACUGAGAUCGGUAUCACAUCAGGCAAUAAAUAAGUGAUCCCCAGAGACUAUAUAGGAGUCACAAUUCUGUGAGCAGAUUUUUUUUUUUACACUGACGGGUAAGCUCAGUGUCUCUUAUUUCUGGGUACGUCGUGAAGCAGAUCCAGACAUCAAUCGAUUUUUUUUUUUUUUCCAGUUUGGGUUUACAUAGUUCUUGGAUUUUGUUAACAAAGUCCCGUAGUGUGCGUAGCUAACAGCUGCAUGACAACCAUUGUGAAGCAGGUGUUUUCUCAGUUUUUCUCAAGCAAAACCGAGACCUAUUUUACACCACAAGAAAUCAAGGAUGAAUCUACAUGUGGUAGUUCCUUUUUGAUCGUGGGUUCAGAGAAUUCCUAAAAGUAGCAGAUCUAUAAACAGCACGAACAGUCAGAUCUGUUGACGUAGAUAGGUUCGGCGUAAGCUUUGUGAAUGACGUGGAGAGAGCCUCGUGUGAUGAGACACAUCCUUGUGUCAGUUGCUGCAUGCAUCCUGUUCUGGCGGCGCUCGUUGCCAGCUUCAUUUCGGUAAGCCUAAAAUGGCGAGAAAUUCAGACAAUAGAGACAAGUCUAUGAAGUGAAAAAGAUUCUGCAGCCUGCCGGGCCACGAUGCUCUUUGAAACGUUCCGGAGGGCCCACGUGGCAUCACAGUUUGGAGUACCUCGUCUGGCAUGGAAUGACGGUUCUCAAGGAAAGGGACAAGAUGAUGCGUGUCUGCGGAAGCCAUCCGUGGUGCUGGUGGAGGACGUGGUCUCCAGAGACGAGAUCACCGCAAACUCUCGGAAAGAGGGCAAGCAGCAGUACUACGCUCCGCUACCGCCGGGAGCUGCUUCUUGUGGAAUUAGACGCAGGCUGGAACUCAGCACAGAGGGAUUUUGGGAUUUUCUAUUUUCGGAUCGCUGGCCCCAGACGUGCCUGCUGCGCGUGCUAGAUGGCGAGGUGCUGGAGAACAUCCUGGUCGCUCUGUACCGGCUGGAGCGAGAUCACGAUGUCAUCAGCUACGUCACCCUCGCACUCAUGCAGCACGAGCGACUCAUUAAGCCGUGUAGCAAGACAGCAUCGCCCAAGGAUCAGUUCAUUCGAAGGGAAGAGUUGGUGCUAGUCGAACUAGAUUACUGGGCCCCAAAUCGUCGGCUCGAAGCCAGUGGUGGUGAGUCGAUCCUAGCAGAGAAUCACACAGAGGAUGCUGUCAACAACUCGUGGCUUACAGUCGUCCCAGAUCCCACACAGCCAGCGGAAGAAGCAGAUGACAAACGAGAGGACAGGGCCCAAUAUGUCGCCUCUAGCGCAUCGGUUCGCUGCAACAUCAGGGGCCUAACGCGUCCUCCGCCUCACACGGACUGCAUGAUCCCUUAUCACAUGAUCCGAGAACCCUACUUGCAGCGACGUCAACGUGAAGGCAGCAUGUUCCCCAAAAUUCAGCUACCUAAUGCACGGGUCUGUUUGGAACCUACAAUCUUCGACCUGCAAGAAAGCAAGAAGAAGGACGAAAAACUCUCUAAGGAGGAUAUGAUGCAGCUGGGGCCUCAUUUGGAAGACGGAAGUGAGAUGGUGGCUGACGAUCCUUUUCUGCAACGUGUAGCAGAUGAGUAUUUUAAGCAAGUCUCCAAGACUAUGUUAUCUUCAGUCAAGCCGAAGAGUGCAACCCCAGCUUUAAACGAUCAAAAGAAACAGCCGAAAAAGGACGGAAAAGAGUCCGACAGCCUUACGGACGAAGAGGCAGAUGAGAAGAAGGGUAUUAGCUGGGUUGACCCCGAAAGACAGAAAACGAUCGAAGGCGACAUCCGUCUCAUGACGAAGGAUCUUCGUCUCUCCCAGAAGAGCGCGGGGAAGAAAGUGUGCAUUCGCUCCAAGCUGCAUCGUGAACUCAGACGGAGGCAGAGGGCGAGGAUGUCGGGUAUUUCCCCUUCAAGAUCUUCUAGUGAGUCUGACAGCGAAGAUGGAUGCAGCCCAGCGAAGCUCAAGCCGGAGCCCAAGAGUUCAGACAUUAACUGCACUAAGAUUAAGCAAUGGACCAAAUGUCCCACCUUUAUGGAGCUUUACUAUUUGCUGCUGGCUGAACAGCAGGCAGCGAAAGAGAGUUCUGAACAAGACAAGCGAAAAGGUAAGAAGGGGAAACCUCAACUCUCGAGCCCUCAAACUUCGCCAAAAUCUCCUGGAGGAAGUGAGUCCCAGAGAGAUGGAAAAGGCAAGACAGACAAAAUCGAGCACGAAAUUAAACGGAAUGAGAAAGACAAAACUAAUGAAAGUGAAGAGAAGGUGCAAGAGGGUCAAGAUCAGCAGACAGACAAGCAAAGUGAAGAGGUGAAAGAUCGAAAGGCUGAAAAAAAGCAGAAAAAGCAUGAAGAUAAGGAGAAUCAGCAAAGAGACAGACGAGACAACAGGAGUAAAGAAGGGAAACGAGACCUGCCAAGUCAGCAAGUGGACAUAACAGGAGCCAGAGGGAGAGGACAUCAGAUCAGGAAUCCACAAGUUCCACGAGGUUACCGCUUUCGUCAAAAGCAACAUACAGACGACAAACAUGAGAAAGGUGUCGAGAUGGGGGAAGCUGUAUUUCCGCGCUACACCAAACAGCCCACACAGUACGGAAAGGGGGAGUUUACCCUUCCUUGCCUGCGUCCUACCAACCUCACGGCGGACGAGAUCAGGGACAUGGCGAGGCUGGGGAUCACCCUCUCCGGUGACCUGCUGACCUCGAAGCAACAGGAGCUCAUUCGUGAAGCUGGGCUAGUCGUCAGUGACGACGACCCCUGGCACAUCUCAGUGCGUUUUGCUCAUCUAGCGGGCGGCGUUUGCGACAGCAUCGGCGUACGCAACACACUGAUGUGGAGGCGCAAUAAAAUGCUCAGGCUCAUCGAGGAGGGACGACUCAUCCUAAAAAUACAGGAAAACCGCCUCUGGACCAUAGUGCGUAUCGUUCCCACGGCACUCAGCAGAUCGAAAUUGCAGCCUCCCAUCGGCGCAAAGCUCAACGCGCAGGAUAAAAGGAAGUCGGUACAUUAUGAAGAAAAGAAAGAGACAAGAUUAGCACCAAGACCUCGGCAGCUUCUCCGCGUAGACCACAGCGUCUGCCUGUUUCAUACACCAAAAGCCUCAGUUCGCCAAAAAUGGAAAGUAAGAAGCCUCUUGCACAGAAUAAAACAGACCAAACGGAGCCACCUCGCUCACCCACUACAGUAAUGAGGACCACCACUAAUGAGAGAUCAAAGUUCAGAGAUGGCACCCCCUUAGCUAAAGAACAGGAAUCACAGAAAAUGAAAAAAGACGACUUAAGAUGUGAAGAAAUAAAACGCCCUUCCGUCUCUAGACGACAGAAUGCCAGCUACGUUUAUGAGACGUAUCGCGUAAUGAAGGACACGAUGAAAGAAAAGAGUGCACCACGACAAAUGAAAGGUCAAGCCGUUGAAACCUCUAAAUACUUCGAUGGUCUUACAUCCAGAUUCAAGUUUGAUAACGACGCUUCACUUUGCCCCACGCGCAAUGAUGGGCGUAAAAGUGCAAAAAGCGACAAUAGAAAGCCACGCGUGAGAACUGCUAAGACAGAAGUACCAGAAAUAAGCCUGUCUGAUUUAGGUGACAUAAAGGAAGAGCGGUUAUUUGAAAUGAUGAAGCUUAAUGAAGUCUUCGAACCAACAAAACUGAAAAGUUCAUAUAGUUUUGAGAAACUUUUCGCCUAUCGUCAAGAUCAAAUACCCAACUACAGCAAACUGCUUUCCGAAUUUCAAAAGCCAUUCAAGGGAAAAGUGUCCAAGGAUAUCAAAAAGGAGAAAAACGAUAAAGCGAAAAAAGAUGAAAAGGUGCCGAACCUGAAAAUCAGGAAGCAAUGUCGACCGUUAGAGAAUCUGACGAGAUACAGAAAGAACACACGGCUGACGAAAAGCAGUCUGAACCUAUGGUUAUUGGAAAGCUUCGGAAGUUCAAGUUUCUGAAGUAUAGAGAUUACAUCUCUGGCACUCUGGACAUCGGGCAGCCACCUCACAACCAACCAACUCUAGAAGAGAUGUGUACGAUGUUGGAGCGGGCACUGCACCUCUUCAUCGUCAGAAAGGAGCGGGCGACAACCGCAGGACUGUUUCAAAGUAAGGUCAGCGUGACCUUUUCUAGGCGCCAACAGCCAGAUGGUAGUGGAGGAUUUCUGGCAGGACAGACAUGCGACGUUGUCUCCAACAUCUGUAACACUCUUAACCUCUAACCUGAAACCGUGAUGCACGAUAGAGUUCGUAACUGGCAUCGUUGGCAACUCACAAACAGAUUAAUUGUGCAGCUGGCACGCUCGUCUUUGAAAUUCAUUACAUCGUUUUGCGGGCAUCUGUGUUUGACCUCUGAAUAAAAUUUUAUUUUGUUAAGAUCCACAUGCAGCUUCACGUCAUAUUUAAAAAAAUUUGGUGCCAGAUACUGUGUAGUCACCAACAUUUGAGAAAACAGAACAAAAAGUGCACAGAGAGAGAAUAACAAGUGACUGACAGUAGAAAGGAAAAAAAGAGGUUCUCCCCACUACCGCAUACAGGAAACAUUUGCCAGUCUGUUCAGUCAAACAAUAAAGGACAGUGUUUGUCUGGCUUGCCUGCUAUUUUGUUAAUUGGAGAUUUAUGCUUUGUCAUGUUUAAUCUUUAGGAAUCAUAAAUUUGUUUCAAAGGAUUCUGAGAAUGUUAACUACAUCAAAAAUUUCUACUACAUACAGUUUUACGAGCAACAUUGAAGUGUAAGAAUUUUAUUUACACUCUUUUUUGCAUUUAUCAUUUUAAUAAAAUAUUUAAAGUUUA